CACUAACACCAACAACAAUCACAACAUCAUCAGCAGCAGCAACAUUGUCAAGCAAUUAUGCAAGCUUAUAAUUGUAUAGUGAGUCGACUCAUGUGGCUGUAAGGUCUGUGUAUACGACGGAUAUAAUGUAUGUACCCGCAGAUGUUUGAAGGACUACGUUAUGGAUGUAAAUAUAUACCCACCUGACUUGAAAGGACUUACCCACGUUUAUCGGAUACCAUAGCUGAGAAAAAUGGCAGAACCCCCUACAGAAGCGAGUUACAGCAAUCUACCCACGGUAUCAUUAGCUGAUAAACUGAGAUUGGCUGCAAGUAAGGGUCAACUAGAUACAGUUGAAGAGUUGCUUCGAGCAGGGGCCAGUUUUGAAACUGACAAAGACAGAAGGACAGCCCUCCACUAUGCUGCUCUCAAUGGUUACCCAGAUGUUUGUCGGUGCCUCAUUUCCCAUGGAAGUGAUAUCGACAAACAAGAUGCUAUUGGUUUCACAGCUCUUCAUCGAGCUUGCUCCCAGGGCCACACUGCAGUAUGUAAAGUAUUACUGGAGGAAGGAUGCGCAAAGGACCUGCAAGAUGAGCAUGGUAACACGGCACUGCAUGAAGCUUCCUGGAAUGGCUAUAGUAAAACUUUAGACAUUUUAGUGAAGAACAACUGUAAGGUUUCGCUUCAGAAUAAGAGUGGUUUUACUCCAUUGCACCUUGCUGCACAAAAUGGUCAUAAUGAAAGUUCUAGAAUUUUGAUCUACUCUGGCUGUAGUACAGAUAUAAAGAACAAUUAUGGUGACACAUCCUUGCAUACAGCAGCUCGUUAUGGCCAUGCAGGUGUUGCACGUAUCUUAAUUAGUGCCAGGUGUUCACUGAAUGAAGAGAACAAGAAUGGUGACACACCGUUACACAUCGCUGCAGCAUUGAAACGAAGGAAAAUAGCUAAAUUGCUUGUGGAAGCAGGUGUUGAUUGUUCAUUACGAAACAAGCAAAAUGAAACAGCUGCUGAAGUGGCACGGAGGAAAGAAUAUCCAGAGAUUAUAUUAAUUAUUUCAGCAAAUCCUAAGGGCAAAGCUCGACCUCACCAGAUUGUUCCAGAAGAUAAACAAGCUGUCCACAUUGCUGUCGAUGGACCAAACAUGGUGUUCAGAGGUAAUGCUCCCACCGCUGCCAAUAAAGAAACAGCAAAACCAGAAAAGGAGAGGAGAUUCUUCUUCUUCAAGAGGAAGAAAAAACCGGACAAAGAUAGAGCAUCAGGGCCAGAGCACCCACAGCCAACCACAAGCAGACAACAGCAACAACAACAACAACCACAAAAAUUACAUACACCACACCAAGCAAACAAAAGCAAUCCAGUUCAAGGAUUCUUCAACAAAUAUGUCCCUAAAGAAGGGUUUCAGUACUACAGGGACCUGGCUGGAAAUAUCAAAGAGGGUCCUAUUGGUUAUACACCAAUAUGUCAGUGUAUGCCAAUCGUGAAGAGAAUCGAAAAGAACAUGGAUGAGACGAGGGAGAACCUUUAUGAGCACAUUGAUGCCUCACACCAGAUAUUACAGAACCGCAUCAACCAGCUGGACAAACGGACAUCACAGCAGGUUUUCUCUAUUGAUCGUCUUAACAAGGAGAGGUUGAAUGCUUCUCAUAACCAUUGUAAGCAACAUAUUGACUCUCAGUUCAACCAGCAACGGAAAGAUGCUGAGCGCUUAUAUACAAAAUACAAUGAGAACGUAAAAUCCGAACUUCAAGCCUGGCUUGAGACGAGGUUAACUGAUGAGGAAAGUUGUCACCCUCAUCAUCAUGACGACUCUGGAUUUUACCAUCGAAGCGUUUUCUUUGAUGUUGUUGAGAAUGAAAACGGUCGGUUGUUUCGGUCGCGUUCCGACGAAACUUUGUCGCAGUCGGACUACAGUGUAAGACAUCGGAAAAAAGACUUUUAUGAAAAUCGUCAAGCUGCAAUGCAGCAGAUCCGUGCUUGGCAAACACCUGACAGGUACAGACGCCGUGAUAAUUAUCCUGUGAGAGACAGCCCUUUGAGACAGUUACCAACUGUAUCAGUUCGAAAUACAGUAACUGUUCCAGCUGGUCCCAGUAUUACUCGUCCCCGCACUAUGAUAGAAUGUACAUCCCCAAAUCAGACAUCUUCCUUUAACCCCUCUGCACCUGCAAUGGCUCAGCUCUCUUUAGAACCAUCUCCAAAUUCUAAAGCAUUUGAAAAUAGGGCAGUGAAACCGUUUACUCCUUCAAAAUUAAGGCACUCCACACUUCCCUCUAAAACAAAUAGUCCCAAUUUACCAUCGACUUCCUCUCAAGGCCUUGCCCCAGGACAUUCUUUAAAACACCUAAGCCAGGUAAUGCCUCACUUAAGCCACAGUAGUCAGGGCCAAAAGGAUGAAAGGCAAAAUUUAGUGGAAAGGGGCCCACCAGAAGUAAGCAAAAUGAUAGGACCUGAGAUGGGCCCCAAUAAUGUAUUUACUUCAAAUCCGCCAACACGGAGACAGUUUAAUGAAAACUCUAUGGAAAAAGAUUCCAAGGAAACAGUUCGGAACCAGAGACAGUUUUUAACCGUUUCUAGUUACUCUGUGACAAAAACUUCUGAAACUCAGUUGUUACAGACGAAACAGUUUCUCCCCAAAUCACCUGCUGCCAAAACCGGCAAUGAAGAUUCCAAUGGAAUGAGGCCCCGUAGUCAUAGCCAAGACAUGCUUGCUGAUUCAUCGUCCCGUGACGUAAUUCGUGAAAAAAAAUGUAUAGGUUAUUAUCAUUCUGAACGAACGAUGCCAUUAGACCGGAGUAAAUCUUACGGUAACCUCAAGGAAGAACUAUCAGGAACACAGUCUAAUAGCGUCACGUUACAGUCAAAUACGGCAAUGAUGUCACAGUACAGUCAUCAUCAGUCGUAUACAGUGCCAACAGCUUUCAAAACUGCUCCUCCACCAAACUCUGCUUAUUCUAACAGCGUCAACGCCACAAAAUACACAAGACCUUCCAUGGCAGAUUCUGCUGCAAAAUCAUAUGGAAAUGAAGCAAAGCAGUCUCCGCAGAAAGAUAUGGUAUUUUCCAAUUCUAGUCAGUCUGUCUGCAAAGAACAGUAUCAAAAACAAAUGCAGAAAGUUUUGUCACAGACAGCUCUAGACUACACAUCCCCUUACAAGAAUCCCACACUAGACUACUCUUCUCCUUACAAGAACCCUGCACUAAAUCACACAUCUCCUUACAAGAAUACGGCACUAAGCUAUCACAACAAUGGUAAGAACAUGCUAGGGAACCAACAGAUGGGUAAUCCUAACGUCAACGACACUGUCAACCCUCUUAGUAGAUCAGAACCACAACUGAUGAAAGCAGACAGUUCAGAUGGCCACCAUUACAGAAACAGUCCAACAGCUGUGUCAUCAAAAAUAGUCGGUGCACCAACGAAUAACAGCAGUGCAGCAGCUGGUGUGCAAAAUAACAGCCACCAAAACCAUUGGUCUUCGUCUCCACUGCAGAAAUCCAACCCCAAACUCCCGUCUCCGAUGUUAGACUGGUGUCAUAAAGAGGACUCCAGCAGCAACCCCGAUUCGGGCUAUAGCUGUCGUAUCUAUGGCAACGGAAACAACAGAAGCAGCACGUUACUGAAUACAUCACACAGCAACACAACAACCCCAACAUCUUCGUUUAGUGGAACUGAUCAGAGUCCGAGUACAGCGUCCGCCUCUUUACAGCUGUCACCUUACAGGGGACAGCUACAGACCCAAGUGGCCAGAGAUGGCUAUGAUGACCGACAGCCAACUAACAAACAGUAUUUCGAGUCAGUCUCAGCUCAUCUUCAGAAUUGGUACAGCAAGAAGAAACUAGAGACUUCUCAAAAGGAAGCACCAAAGACUCUUUCACCAACAUUAUUACAACAACAACACCAGCAACAAAUAGCACCAUCUUUUGGUACAAACAGUCCAUAUAUGGCAACAAAUUACCCCCCUACACCAGUGAAAGGCUACAUCAGAGGAAGUGAUGUAUAGUAACAUUAACAUCAUACAUAUACAUUCCAUAAUACUUUCACAUUCCGUCAUACAUACACACUUUCUCUCUUGCACAUGCAUACACUCCAUAAUACACUAUAUUAUUAAAGAUCUAUGUACACAUAGAUACCUGUAUAUAUGUAUAUACUGACAUUCCAAUUUAUUAGUGUUAUAAAUGAUGAGAAAAUGUUUGAAUUUGUUUACAUGUGCAUAUAU